AGAUGAUUGACAGCUCUGGAGCUGCUGACAAUCAACAUCACACUAUCCUACAGACUUUGUUCAUCUAUGGAGGCCUUGCUCCAUGAUUCCCCACUCCACCAGAGUUGCAGAUGGUAGCAAUGUGAGAAAGGUCCUUUUCAGUGGUGGCACCGUGACCUUCCCACCGGGUCCAUCAGGGUUACGGCAGGUCGCAAAGACAUGUUCUGGAGGAUCUGUGUUUUCCACAAGCUGACGCACCAGUUCCAGUCCAAUUCCCCGAUUGGAACCCGUCACCAGGACACUACAAGCCAGUGGAGACAUUCCGUUGCUUUGCUCUCACUCCAGUAACAACUGGACUUUGUUCAAUGAUUGCCUACAUUACAGACCUCUGGUGUGCAUACAAGAAGAAGUGCUGAGUGGUGAUUCCAAGAUGGGGACGACGUUAACGGCCAGCGAGAUCCGGCAACGGUUCAUCAACUUCUUUGUGGAAAACCAGCACACCUACGUGCACUCUUCUGCUACUAUCCCUCUGGAUGACCCUACUCUGCUCUUUGCCAAUGCUGGCAUGAAUCAGUUCAAGCCCAUCUUCCUCAAUACUAUUGACCCCUCUCACCCCAUGGCAAAGCUGACAAGAGCUGCCAACACUCAGAAGUGCAUUCGGGCUGGUGGGAAGCACAACGACCUGGAUGACGUGGGCAAGGAUGUCUAUCAUCACACUUUCUUUGAGAUGCUGGGCUCCUGGUCUUUUGGAGAUUACUUCAAGGAACUGGCUUGCAAGUUUGCCCUGGACCUGCUCACCAAAGAGUUUGGCAUCCCCAUCGAGAGGCUGUAUGUCACGUACUUUGGUGGCAAUGAGGCAGCUGGUUUGCAGCCAGACUUAGACUGCAAACAAAUCUGGCUGGAUCUAGGUCUGCCAGAGAGCAGGAUCCUCCCAGGCAGCAUGAAGGAUAACUUCUGGGAAAUGGGAGACACGGGCCCAUGUGGGCCUUGCAGCGAGAUGCACUAUGACCGGAUUGGAGGCCGGGAUGCUUCACCCCUUGUCAACCAAGAUGAUCCCAACGUGCUGGAGAUCUGGAACUUGGUGUUCAUACAGUUCAACAGGGAGAGUGAUGGGACCCUGAAACCUCUUCCCAAGAAGAGCAUUGACACUGGCAUGGGCCUAGAGAGGCUGGUGUCUGUGCUGCAGAACAAGAUGUCCAACUAUGACACGGAUCUCUUUGUGCCCUACUUUGAGGCUAUCCAGAAGGGCACUGGCUGCAGGCCGUACACUGGGCAGGUUGGUGAGGAGGAUGCAGACGGCAUUGACAUGGCAUAUCGAGUCCUGGCAGACCAUGCCCGAACCAUCACAAUCGCCCUCUCAGAUGGCGGAAGGCCGGACAACACCGGCAGGGGGUAUGUUCUGAGGCGCAUCCUUCGCCGUGCUGUGCGCUAUGCCCAUGAGAAGCUCAGUGCUCCCAAGGGGUUCUUCGCCACACUGGUUGACGUGGUGGUAGAGUCUCUGGGUGGUGCCUUCCCGGAACUGAAGAAGGACCCAGACAUGGUGAAGGACAUCAUCAACGAAGAGGAGGUUCAGUUCCUGAAGACGCUCAACAGAGGGCGUCGCAUCCUCGACCGGAAGAUUCAGAGCCUGGGAGAUGACAAAACUAUUCCAGGAGACACUGCCUGGCUGCUAUACGACACUUACGGUUUUCCUGUGGAUCUCACUGGGCUAAUUGCAGAGGAGAAGGGCCUGAAAGUAGACAUGGAGGGCUUUGAGGAGGAGAGGAAGAGCGCCCAGCUGAAGUCCCAGGGCAAGGGAGGUGGCGAUGAAGACCUCAUCAUGUUGGAUAUCUACGCCAUUGAAGAGCUCCGGUCCAAGGGGCUAGAGGUCACAGAUGACUCUCUCAAGUACAGCUACACAUCGGAUCCCAGUGGCACUUACGCAUUUCACAGUCCUGUGGCCACAGUGAAAGCCCUCCGUAGAGAGAAGAAGUUUGUGGAGGAGGUUUCUACAGGCCAAGAGUGUGGGGUUGUAUUAGACCGCACCUGCUUCUAUGCUGAGCAGGGAGGACAGAUCUACGAUGAAGGCUACCUUGUCAAGGAGGAUGAAGGCAGCGAUGAUAAGACUGAGUUCACGGUGAAAAAUGUGCAAGUGCGUGGAGGCUACGUGCUCCAUGUGGGCACAGUCUAUGGGAGCCUGAAGGUGGGAGAUGCCGUAAAGCUGUUUGUUGAUGAGCCAAGACGAAGGCCCAUCAUGAGCAACCACACGGCUACCCACAUUCUCAAUUUCGCCUUGCGUGCGGUGCUGGGAGAGGCUGACCAGCGGGGAUCUUUGGUUGCUCCGGACAGACUGCGGUUUGACUUCACUGCCAAGGGUGCCAUGUCUACUCAGGGGAUUAAAAAGGCAGAAGAGAUUGCCAACCGGAUGAUUCAAGAAGCCAAGGUUGUGUAUGCCAAGGACUGCCCACUGGCUUCUGCCAAAGCCAUCCAGGGCCUCCGAGCUGUGUUUGACGAGACCUACCCUGACCCUGUGCAUGUCGUCUCUAUCGGCAUACCCAUCGAAGACAUGCUGGCUGAUCCCUCCAGUGCCGCAGGUGCCGUCACAUCCGUCGAGUUCUGCGGAGGAACGCAUCUACAAAACUCCGGCCAUGCUGGCCACUUUGUAAUUGUGUCGGAAGAAGCUAUUGCAAAGGGCAUCCGGAGGAUAGUGGCUGUCACUGGAGGAGAAGCCCAGAAGGCGCUGAGGAAAGCAGACAGCCUUAAAAAGCUGCUCUCUGAUUUAGAGGCCAAGGUGAAGAUCCAGACUGCUCCCAACAAAGACGUCCAGCGUGAAAUUGCAGACCUUGGUGAGACCCUGGCCACCGCCAUCAUCCCACAGUGGCAGAAAGAUGAGCUCAGAGAGGCUCUCAAAACACUAAAGAAGGUUAUGGAUGAUCUAGACCGUGCCAGCAAAGCUGACAUCCAGAAACGAGUUCUGGACAGGACGAAGCAGCUGAUCGAAGCCCAUCCCAACCAGCCACUGGUCAUACUGGAAAUGGAAAGUGGCGCUUCAGCAAAGGCACUGAAUGAAUCUCUGAAGCUGUUGAAGACUCACUCCCCUGAGACAGCAGCCAUGCUUUUCACUGUGGACAAUGAAGCUGGCAAGAUCAUCUGCUUAUGCCAAGUCCCUCAGGAAGUUGCCAGCAAAGGGCUGAAGGCCAGCGAGUGGGUUCAGCAAGUGUCAGGGCUGAUGGAUGGCAAGGGGGGUGGAAAGGACCUUUCUGCCCAGGCGACAGGCAAAAACGUUGGUUGCCUCAAGGAAGCCCUUCAGCUGGCCACGAACUUUGCCAAACUCAGACUAGAAGAGCUGAAGAACUGACCCAAGCCUGGGAAUGCACUCAAGAAGGGAACGUCUGGUCAGCUCGGCCCAUAGGUUAGGAGUUUAUUUUGUUUUAGAGGCAUUUAUAGAGACAAAGACUGUACAUUGCUGUCCCAAGUCCAUCCGCUCAGGCUCUAACCAAGCAAGGCAGCAGUGGGUAAGGCAACGACCCGAACACAAGACCGAAGAGCCCAGGACUGCACGAGUUCGCAUUCAGUCUUGGAUCACAACUGACCCAUCUCAGGGCUCCUGCUGCCAAUUCACGGCCCUCCUUUUUGCGCACAAAUGUUUGUCACAUUCUUCCUGUAACUCUCCGUGUAAUGCUUAGUGCUGCCACCACUGUACAGUGUCCAGGACGGAAACAGGGACUUUGCACAUUGAGCCCCGGCCAUGCUCAGGCACUUGCGAUGUAACAUGAGCACGUGCAGGGGUGAGCAUCGAGGCUGCUGUUAUCCCUUUUCCUUACCUAUGUAGCAGUGGAAGCUUCCCACAACCUCCAUUCCUAGUAUUAACCUCUGUUGUCAUAGCAGCAAAACUUUGGGUUUGCUGACUGGCCCUGGCACAAGGAAUUGUGUUCAGUUAAGUUCAGUGGUAAAUAAAAAAGAACAAGACA